AUGAUUGCAAAGCUCAAGUCUUCACAACCGGGCACGCCGACAUCGCUGCGGCACUCGACGACGGCGGACGGCGAAACCAUGCGCCUCCUCAGCAGGCCGACGAACGGGCACGGCAGAACGGCGUCCUCGUCGUCCUUGACCCCGUCGCCGGGCGCGUCAGCGGUGCCAUCGCGCUCGUCAUCGCCAUCGCAUGGUCGAGAGGUCGACGAGAAGGCGGCGGGUACGAGCUUACCCGACACUCAAUCGCAGCAAGAUCCUCAACCCUUCACGUUGAGCGCUGAGGAGAAGGCGGCAAAGGAGGCCCACAAGCGCGAGCUGUGGCUAAAGGCUGCGCCAGUCGUCGCUGCCGUACCAGUUCUCAUGCUUAUCGGCUUCCCCCUCGGCCUGAGCCUCGCGCUCAUCGCUCCCCUCCCGCUCCUCUUCGGGACGUACAAAGACCACGAGGCCACCCGCGAAGAAUGGUUCAUCGUCUGGGGUAUCGUCACCGCUGGUGUGCUGUACUCGGCCGGCGUGAACGUGGUACUUGCGGCGCUUGUCCUCGUCCCUCCCGUCCUGUUCCUCGUGUUCGACCCCCGCCAUCCUGGCGACAAGCCGGUCCACGACGACCCGUUCCCGCCCGACACGGCACAGCACGACUCGGUCGCCUGGGUGAACCACGCCCUCACCUCCCUCUUCCCUGUCGUCUCCUCCGACGUCCUCACACCGUUCAUCGACUUGCUCGAAGACGCCCUCAUGGACCAGGUGCCCCCUGUUGUCACCUCUGUCCGUGUAACCGGUGCAUCGCUCGGCAGCCAGCCCCUGCUCCUCACCUCGAUGCGCCACAUCACCAACGACGACUGGUUCAAGGCCAGCACUCAGGCACCUGAAGAAGUCAAGGUCAACGGCAAGCCCAGAUCGUUCACCGUGUCGUCUGGCGCGCCUGUGGUGACGCCGCAAUCCAAUGUCCCCGUCCCCGCUACCCCGUCCACGCCGGCCCAAGCGAAUGCGUCAGCAGCUGUCCCUGUUACCCCCGGUACUCCUCCCCUGCCUGCGGCACCCGCGACACCCGCGACACCCGGGACGCCAACGCCAGUGACGCCAGCACCUGCUACUCUCGCUCCGGCAACCACAAGAGCUGGCCGCAGCUCGUCCAAUGCUUCAAGAACCUCGUCCAAGGCCCCCUCGCUCAAGGCCGAAUCCGUAUCGGAGCACGCUGCAGUUCACCCGCUAGACCCCGUCGGCGUCUCAGCUGUAACUGACUCUGAGCAACUCCGAAAACGCGACCGCCUGCUUCAGAGAAUCCGUGGCGCGCCUACAGAGCUUGUCGCCAGCGGCGGCAGACAAAAGGCAGACGCGAUUGAUGACGAAGAGGGCGAGUUUGUCAACUUCGAGGUCGGAUUCCAGUACCGCCACUCUGCCGAUGCCCGUGCCAGAGGACUCGGCCUGCACAUGCUUGCGUACUUUGGCUGGGGAGUCAAGGGUGUUGGCGGCUCGGAAAUCCCAGUCUACAUUGAUGUUGUGGAGCUCAAGGGCAAGAUGCUCAUCAGACUGCUGCUUACCGCAUCGCCUCCGUUUGUCCGGAUGGCGACUGUCACGUUCCUUUCAAUGCCCGAGUUCAACAUCUCGGCUCGACCCCUCCGAAGCAUGGGCUUUGGGAGUAUCAACGCCAUGGACCUGCCACUGAUCAAGCAGUAUAUUCAAAAGUCGAUCGCCCAGGUCGCAGGGCACUUUGUCAGACCCAAGCGAUACACGAUGGAUGUCGAUCGUCUGUUGCUCGGCAAGGACGCGGCCAUCAGAACUUCCGCCAUUGGUGUUCUGCAGGUUGUCAUUCACAGCGCGACGGAUCUGCCAAAGGCGGACACUGUCGGCUCUUGUGACCCGUACCUCGCCAUCUCGUUCUCCAAGUUCAACAAGCCGGUGUACAGCACGCGAACCAUUGUGGACAACCAGAACCCGAUCUAUGACGAGAACGCGUUCGUGCUGGUCAACGAGGACACGAUUAUCACCGGCGAGAAGCUAAGACUACGCAUGUACGACUCGGAUCGGUUCUCUGCCGACGAUGCGCUGGGCCAGGUCGAGGUCGACGUGGAGGAGCUUGUCGACAUGUCGACCAAGGGCGAAAAAAGCUAUGAGCUGUUUGCGCGCAAGGAUAAGCUUGCGCCGAUCCGCGUCGGGAUGAAGACACAGGGCGAGCUGCAGUGGUCGGUGCGCUUCUUCCCGCUGUGGAAGAUGCCGCCGGAGCAGGUCGAGAAGAGAAUGGAGAGAGCCAGAAAGCACCACGCCGACGAGGGGAUUCAAGCACCGUGGUGGAUCAAGUGGAUCGAGGAAUUGGUCGAAAAGCCAGAGUGGGAAAAGCAGAGAGAGAAGGAACGAAAGGAGACGCUCGCCAUGUUCUGCACAGAGCGCCAGAGGGAGGAGGUUGAAGCCAUGGCGCGACCGACCGCCGAGUUGCCGUCCGGUGUGCUCCAAUUCCACAUUCACCAGUGUAUCGAUCUUGAACUCGAGUCCCUGGCCGGCACAUACUCUGCCAAUGUUAGCAAGAGGAAAUCGGCAGCCAUGGGCAAGCCUGCGCUCGCCGAUGUCGUGGACCGUGCGCCGAGCGAGAUCACCAACCCGCCAAGCGCAUAUGUCGAAGUGCACCUCAACGACAAGCUGGUGUACCGCACGCGCACCAAGCAGCUCAACCCGGUGCCAUACUUCAACGCCAUGAGCGAGCGCUUCAUUCGUGACUGGCAGCUGGCCAAAAUCACGUUUGUGGUCAAGGAUGAGCGUGACCGCGAGCACGAUGCGAUUCUCGGCAUUGUAUCCUUGAGACUCAAGGAUGUGUUCAAGAAGCGCGCACAGGAGACGCACUGGUACCCGCUCGUCGGCGGCCUCGGGUGGGGCAAGAUGCGCCUCUCGCUGCUGUUCAAGCCGCUGGACAUCCACCUGCCCAAGGGUAUCUCGACGUACGAGGUGGCGACGUUUGAAGUCACGUCGUUGUCCACGACCGACUUCUCGAGCGCCUUUGGCAAACCCCCGUCGCUCGUGAUUGAGACGGACCACGACAAGGCGAUCCUGGACUCAUCUGGUGCUGGUGCAUCCAGAGACAGCCUGGACGACGAGCCACAGCUCGCCGACCUUGGCCACUCGGUCGCGCCCACCGACGACUCGGCGUCUACCAAGUCUGGCAAGUCUGGUGUGUCGUCCACACGCCUCUCGGCCGUACCGACUACGACCAGAGUCGCAUGGGACGUUGCCAAACCUGUACGACUGGCCGUCAUGUACAGAACCUCGGGGUCCGUCCUCUUCAGCUUUGUCACGCGCGGACGGAUCAAAAAGUCAAAGUACCACGCCAUUGCGACACUGCGUCUCGACGACGUCGUCGACGGCAACCAGGAAUCUAGAGUCAUCCCGGUGUUCGCCACGUCCUCACCGCGUGAUGCCAUCCGAGCGGCGUUAGUCUUCAACCAGUACCAGCGACAGGGGGACCCAGCGACUCUGUACAGGAACUCGAACGACAUCCGCAUGAUUGGGUUCAUUCACAUCUCGUUUGUUCUCCACCCCGGUAUCAGCCGUGCACACCAGAAGCUCGCCAAACGGGACCUCAAGUUCCGUGCAACGUACAAUGCAUGGGAGGCGACGCGAAUGAUCGACGCGACGCCGGCGCAGAUCGCGGCCGCGAAUGCCGAAAAGGACAAGGAGAAGGACGAUGGGUACGACACGGACGACUCGGAGGACGACGAUUUGGACUCUGGUGACGAGGCGCCCGAGGCCAAGCAGCGCGCUGAUAAGCUGCACGACGACGAUACUCGCGCCAUGCUUCAAGAGAGCAAUGCGCAUGGCAAGGCCCUUCGCCAAGGAAACCGUGGUCUGUUCCAGCUGAAAAUCGCCCGCACGGGCAAGCUUGUUAAGGAUAAGAUUGAGUCCAAGCUGCUCUCGAGCGCUGAGAAGACCAAGCAGGACCGGCGGCCGCGCGGAGGUGAUCUCGAGGUCGAGCAGGAGGGACAGAGCCGGUUCUAG